UUUAUGAAUAAGCUUCUGAAUGAAACAUGCAAGACAGGAAGUUUGAUAUAUGCUUAUUUUUAGACAUCAUGUGCCCAAAACAAUAUACAUUCAUUCAACAAUAAAUUAAAUCUGAUUAUUGAUGUGCAUCAGGCACUCAUUUUGGUGAAAAAUCUAAUAUCAUCUAGGAAAGACAGUUUAGGAGCAAAGAAUGGUUUUGAUCAAGAAGGAAAUGGAAAACUUAUUCAGAGGAAAAGUUGAUGAGGAUGACUGUUUGUAUGACAUAGAACCAUCUGAUUCUAGUGAUCAUGAAGUCAGAUCAUUUAGGUGAGGCACAAUGAUAAUUUGUGAGCAUAGGGAAUUCAGACUGGGAGGGUUUGAAUGUGGGAGUAUGAGUUUCAUAUGCAUUAUGAGCCAUGCAAGCUAUAUACAAUAUAUAUACCCUCAGUUUUAUAUGCUCAUCCACUCUGCUUUUGGACACGGCCACUACAAUUUCAGCUGACUGCACAAGGUAUUCAUUUAUUAUUAUUUAGUAAUUAUUAAUAUAUGGCACUAACAUUUAUCACUUCUUUAAAAACAAUAAUGCUGUUCCUGAACUUUGCAGAAACUCUUUCUAAACUUGACUGGAUUUUGACCUCUUCUUCUCUCCUUCACUGCAAUGAGGACCAUCGUGUUUGCCUUGCUGGUCAUGGCUGUCGCUUGUAGCCCAGGAUACAAAAUCUUUGGAGGUGAGGACUGUGUACCCAAUUCCCAGCCCUGGCAAGUCUACCUUACUUCUAAUGGGGAACCCUGGUGUGGAGGAUCUCUGAUUAAUGAAAGAUGGGUUGUUUCUGCCGCUCACUGCAAGAUGCCAGCUUCUAAUCUUACUGUCCACCUGGGAAAGCACAAUGUGAGUGUUGAAGAAAGCACAGAGCAAAGGAUCGGUGUAGAGAAGGUGAUUCCACACCCAGACUUUAAUGAACAUACAUUAAACAGUGAUUUCAUGCUGAUCAAACUGAAAGAGCCUGCCGUCUGUAAUGAGUUUGUAAAGCCAAUCCCUCUGGCGACCAGAUGCUCUUGUGCAGGGGAGCAGUGCUUGGUUUCUGGAUGGGGCUUAACUGAAGAUGGAAAUCCUUCUGUGCUGCAGUGUCUGGAAUUGCCUGUACUGUCAAAGGAACAGUGUGUGGGUGCAUACGAUCGUAGAAUAACUGAAAACAUGUUCUGUGCUGGAUUCAUGAAAGGAGGCAAAGACUCAUGUCAGGGUGACUCUGGCGGUCCUUUAGUGUGUAAUGGGGAACUGCGAGGAGUUGUUUCCUGGGGUAUAGGCUGUGCUCAAGAAGGCUAUCCUGGGGUUUAUGUUGAGGUGUGCCGCUACACUGCCUGGACCAAAAAUAUCAUAGAUAACAAUUAACUGUUUGUUCAGCCUAGCUAACCUGAACAUUUUCAUUUUCCCUUCUAAAAUAUCUGCCAUUAAAAAUAGCUUGAAACA